AUGAUAUUCAGCACUUUCCUUUCUAUUGCCUGUCUGUUUAUUUCGUCCUUGGGUCACACAGUCGAUAAUUCGGAUUCGAACCUAUUAGAUGAAGGACUGUCCCUUCCAGACCUAGUUCAAGUGAACAAUUUACCAGCAACGUGGUCUAGCGGCGAAUCUGCAAAACUUGUUGAGGGUCGGGUUAUGUUGACUCCAAAUAAGGCUAGCAAAGGCUCACUGUGGGCAAAGAAGGACUAUUCAUUGUCCAAAUCUUUUUCACUUGAAUGGACAGUCCGCAGCGUGAAUUACGAGGGACGUUCUAAGGGUGGAAUGGCACUUUGGUUUCUUGCAUCUCAGAGUCCAGCAGAUAAGGCUUUGUUCAAUGGUCCGUCAAAUUUUGAUGGGUUACAGCUUCUUAUCGCUAAUGGAGGUGAACUCGGUCCCAUGCUACGUGGCCAGCUCAAUGAUGGCACCGACAGUUUCACUGAAGAAAAUGUUUUUGAUAAGUCCUUCGCCUCUUGCUUGCUUGCUUACCAGGACUCCACAGUACCACUUACUAUAAGACUUGCCUAUGAUAGUUCAGACGACCACCUUUUGAAAGUUCAAGUUGAUAACAGAGUGUGUUUCCAAACAAGGAAGGCCAUGUUUCCGCAAGGACAGUAUAAGAUUGGUGUUACAGCAAGCAACGGUGACAAUAAUGAAUCAUUUGAGGUGUUGGAAUUCAAAUUCUUCGACGGAAUUGUUGAGGAUGUCCUCAUUCCUAAUGUCAAUCCAAUGGAACAACCCAGACUUUUGACCAGAAUUGUUAAUGGAAAUACUGGUGAGGAAGAGUUGGUUGAAAAAACUCCAUUUGAAGUUAGCGGUAAUGCUGACUCAAUGACAAACUUCGAAUUAUUCAAGAAGCUAAAUAAGCUGGAAGGCAAAGUAUUGGCUAAUGAUAUCGGCGAGUUAAGUGAAACUGUGACACAUUUGGUUGCUAUGCAGAAGGAGCAGAUCAAAAAAAUUGAUCAUUUGGUAAGCUUAAUCGAUUCGUUAACCUCUGCUAAAAAUAAAGAUAAGGACUUGUCGGCUGCCGAAGAUGAUACUUUCCAAGAUUUUUUCAAUUUAAAUCGUAAGCUAGAAACAUUGUUGUCAGAGCAAGAAAAAAUAAGAGAGGCCACCAAAAAUAACAUCAUAUAUAAUGCCAAUAACAGCGGGGGUCCCCACAUAGACGAUGUUGUCCGAAAACUGACUAUGUGGUUGAUUCCUCUCGUUAUCAUCAUGAUGGUCAUGGCAUAUUACACUUUCAGAAUACGUCAAGAUAUUGUCAAGACGAAAUUGCUUUAA